UGGUCCUUUACGUCACAGUCUACAUAAAACAUUCGAUCUCCUCGGCUACUUCUCUUUUGAUAACGGUAUUUUGUGCGAGGAUCAAUAAUCAUGCCUCGCAUAUAUGUUGGAAAACUUAAUUAUAACGCUCGAGAAAAAGACAUUCAAAGAUUUUUCAGUGGCUACGGAAAGCUUAUGGAAAUUGAUCUGAAAAAUGGGUAAGUUUAUCAUAUCAAGAGAAUCAGUUGAACAAAAAAUAGCUGGCAAGCUAGCUAAUGGUAACUUCAUAUCCAGUUAGCUACCUACUUGCUUUCGGCUAGCUAGCUUCCCCAAAACAUAAGCGAAAUACAUUCACAUUUGCCUUUCAAUUGUGUUGAUUGCGCAUGUAAUAGCAAUUAGCUAAAGUUAGUGGUUAUUACAUGCACACAUUUGCUUUACUAAAGCAUUUAACAUGUUUUGUAAAGAAGGCCCCUAGCUAGCUAACGUAUUUAGCUGCUAGCUACUACACAUCGUGUUCAAAAUGGCUGCUUGUUUGGCUGCAGGCAGUUUUUUGGUCGUUACUAGUUAUUACAGACAAAGUCAUGAAUCCCGCCUAUUUCUACAAUUGAUCUUCUUAAAAUGUGAUUUUUAAACCUAACCACACUGCUAACCUUAUGCCUAACCUUAAACGAAGACCAAAAAGCGAAUUGUUUUCAUGCAUUUUUACAAUAUAGCCAAUUUGGACUUUGUUGCUGUGCUAUCUAGUGGAAACCCAUUUUUUGUGCAGCCAUGUAGCUACCAAAUGUUAUUUGUCACAUGCGCCGAAUACAUCAGGUGUAGACCUUACAGUGAAAUGCUUAUUUACAAGCCCUUAACCAACAAUUCAGUUUUACGAAAGAAUACCAAAUAAAAUCACCCAAAAAAUACAAUAUAAAAUAAUACUAAAUAAAAGGAACAAAUAAUGAAAGAGCAGCAGUAAAAAAAAACAUAGCGAGGCUAUAUACAGAGGGUACCAAGUCAAUGUGCGGGGGCACCGGUUAGUCGAGUUAAUAUGUACAUGUAGGUAGAGUUAUUAAAGUGACUAUGCAUAGAUAAACAGAGUAGCAGCAGCGUAAAGGGGGGGGGGGGGUGCAAAUAGUCUGGGUAGCCAUUUGAUUAGAUGUUCAGGAAUCUUAUGGCUUGGGGGUAGAAGCUGUUUAGAAGCCUCUUGGUCCUAGACUUGGCGCUCCAGUACUGCUUGCAGUGCCGUACCAGAGAGAACAGUCUAUGACUAGGGUGGCUGGAGUCUUGACAAUUUUUAGGGCCUUCCUCUAACACCGCCUGGUAUAGAGGUCCUGGAUGGCAGGAAGCUUGGCCCCAGUGAUGUACUGGGCCGUACGCAUUACCCUCUGUAGUGCCUUGCGGUCUGAGGCCAAGCAGUUGCCAUACCAGGCUGUGAUGCACCCAGUCAGGAUGCUCUCGAUGGUGCAGCUGUAGAACCUUUUGAGGAUCUGAGGACCCAUGCCAAAUCUUUUCAGUUUCCUUAGGGGGAAUAGGUUUUGUCGGGCCCUCUGAUGUAUAUAAACCCUGUAUUGCUGAUGCUAGGUAUUGGCAAAUGAGGCUCUGAAGUCACCGGUCGGCCAUAUUGGCACUUCCCACAAGAAACAGUCCUCCAUGUGAAUGAAUGUAAUUCCUACAGUAUUACAUGUAUUAAAGUAUUUUUUGUUUUUGUAGGAGAGACUAACAUUAGCACUUUUUAAAUAAUGUAUACUUUUAUAGGGUGUCCUCCCCACAGGGUGAAAUAUCACUUCCUUAUGUUAUAAAAUACAUUUUACUAAGACAAAUAUGAUUAUUCAUGUUCUGACUCGUUCUGCGGGGUCUUUCUCUAACACACCAUUAACAUUAUAUUCAGUCUGAUUUUGUAACCUAAUACAUCCAAUAAAAAGUACUGAGCUCUGACAGCGGUGCAGGUUUCUCAGAUUUUACAUUUUGUGAUCGUCAUCUUAGAAGUUGUUUCCGCCAGUCACAAAAAUUAGCAUGCGCUGAAUUAAAUGUAAAAGGCAUUGAGAAUGAAAAGCUUGGUAUACACUCAGUGCUCCUUGACAUUUCAGAGAUGCACUUGUUUUUGUGAAAUCUUAGAAAAAUAAAAGGACAUUUGAAUUAGUAUGAAAAGUGUAUACUAAAAUGUGAAAAUACUACAUGAAGUCUCAAAAUCGAUAUCCAUCUUACCUCUUAUGUUAGGGCUGGGCGAUAUGGGCCAAAUGGCAUAUCACAGUAUUUUUACAAUUUAUGACAAUAUUUUAUGUUUUUAAAUAAUAAAAGUUCAAAAUUUGCUUUGAGUAGUGCGUGACCCUAGGGCGGCAACACAUACAUUCCAAGUAAAUUAAUUAGGUCUUUCUCCAUUCUGUUCAAUUCAUCUUCAACCAAAAAUUAUUUCCUGCAUUUUCAUCAAUUUCUGCGUUUCCUGCACUCAUUUGAGAUCAUUUCCACUCUGCCACAUUGGGUUGCACAAUAUGGGCAAAAAAAUCAAGGCCUUAUUUUUAACUAAAUGUUGCAAUUGCGAUUUAGAUCAAAACACUUGGGUGAACUGUUGGAAUCAUGGAAAUAGAAUGUUUAUUCUAAUUCUCUAGUUAGAAUAUAAAUAAUAGUGGCCACUUUGAACGACAACGAAUGAAAAUGCCAUUGAGUAGUUAUUGUGACAGGGUAGGAACCAAAAUGUUGGGCAGUGUUUCCUAGGGGACCCUAUAAUCUUUGGCUACAUUAAAUGUUUCUUCAUGUAGCCAACAUAUUUAUGCUUCGCCUAUUCCUCUUUGAUUUAGAAGAUACUGUUGCACAAACAACAUGCUGAUUAAGGCCUGCUAAAACUUGCAUAGAAAAUAAACUAGCUGUUUGUAGACGUAAGAAACAAACUGUAAUUAUGGAACGCUUUAUAUUAAGAAGCAAAGUGGAAACAACAUCGUUGUCAUUAACAUUGUUGCAUGUGAUGCAUUGACCAUGCAGACUGAACACACGUUUUUCGUGGUCAAGCAACAACAAAUGCGCUCCUAGAGUGACCGGGGCAGGGCUAGACCUAUGUGGAAAGCGGCAUGGAGAGAAGGAGAGGGAUGACUCGAGUAGAGGUGUAAACUAUAAAAUGGACGUUAUACAUGGCAUAUCACAUUUAAAAAAGAAAAACAUUCAAAUACUAUUUAUAACAUAGAAGGUAAAGUAAAAACUCAAACCGGUACCUGCAUCGAUACCGGUGUAUAUAGUAAAAUACAGCCUUACUAUAUAUUGUUUUAUGUCCUGCGGAUUCGAAGAAGAAAGAUGCAAGUUCAACGGGGAAGUGAGCCUGUCAGGUAGCCAGUAGACUUAAUUCUUGCACAGAAUUCAGCCUAGCUGUUGCAAUGCAAUUUUUCAGAUUUUUUACCACUGUUUUUUAUUUUAUUUUGGCCCAAUGACUUUUGAACAGAUUGAGGUUUGGACCAUUGGUUUUCUUAGAGGAAUAUCUACAUAAUUAACACAUUAUUUUACCCAUUGGUCAAGAGGCAUUUUUGAUUGGACACCCUAUACUGCAGGGGUUGCGUUAGUUGAGAAAUAUGCAUUUUCUAAACGCAGACCAUCAAAAAAUGUGCUUCAAUGGUGAUCAGGGACGUGCAACUUUAGUUAUCCUUCACAGAAAACGUUAGUGCAACAAAUUCGGCAGAUAAUAGCUUCAUUUUCAUCAGAUGACUACAGAAGUGCAACGCUAUUUGGCUAGCAGCCACGAGUGCAGUCAUUUUUGCAAAAUCGAUGCAUGGCCAUCAUAUUUCUGUUUAUCAUAAAAAGAAUGCAGCCAGCGACAUUUCCUAAUGUUUUGCUUCAAGUUAAUCUCAAAUUUUACCGUAGAAAAGUAGGAUAUACCGAGAAAUGCCCGUUGGUGAAUUCUCAUCCGAGUGGAGAAGUGCAACUGAAGCACAAAAUCAGUCUGAUGCAGAGCAGAAAUUACAAUAGGAAGCAUUAUAGAUCUGCAUUUACAAAACGCACCAAGAUAGUUAUGCGUUAACACAACCCCUGUACUUUAAGGAAAAAGUUUUGAUAUAUCACAUAAUAUAAUUUAAAAGUAUGCAUUAAGGUGUCUCUAAUAGAAUAAAUGUUGCCUUUUUACAAUGGUGGGGGAGUGCCAAGAUGGAGGCGUGGUGGCUUCAAAACAGCGGCCCUUGUGACAUCUCUAGUGUGUAUAUAAAUCAUUGGUAGCUACCUUAAAAUUAGUUAGCUUAUUAGCUAGCUAGUAGCUGAUAAGUGCCUUCAAACUCAUUGGUUUGGCAUUUUUAUUUAUUGCCAGCUUAUUUAACUUUUUUAUCUUUUAGAUAUGGCUUUGUAGAGUUUGAGGACAAUCGCGAUGCGGACGACGCAGUGUAUGAACUGAAUGGCAAGGAGUUGUGCGGGGAGCGCGUGACCGUGGAACAUGCCCGAGGACCGCGGCGUGACCGAGAUGGAUAUGGUGGUGGUGGCGGGGGUGGUGGUCGCAGUAAGUGCAAUGUUUUUAAAUUUUCACUAUGCCCUUUUCCCAAUGGGUCAAGGAGAUGUGAAUGUGGACCGUACACACACAGACCUGUGAUCCUGAAGUGGAGUUUGACAUAGCUCGCCAAUACUCAAUGAUGUCACAAUUGCCAUUGUGUCACCAUUGAGUAUGGUACAAGUUUGACCCAACUCAGAGCAGACAUCAGAUUACUGCUACUGAUUGUUUAGGUGUAGUGAAACCAUGUUUCCAGUGUUUUCUUCCUGGUGGAAUUGUAAACCCCAAUAAACAACUGUAUUUACUUAAUAAGAAAUCACGACUUUGUCACCAUAUAGCCCAGCUGUACCGUUAAAUACCAUUACAUGUGAAUUGUAUUUUGCGUUUUGAUUUAAACAUUAACAAAGUCCUUGAUGUUUCAAUUUGAAAGAGUCCAGCUGCGGGCUGAGUCCAUUGAGGCUAAGAUGACUGCCUGUCCCGUUUGGCCUUGGCUUUCACCUUACAAUGUGUGUGUGACCUAUGCCCCUUGACCCUUGGCUGACCUAACCGGAAGCCUUGACGACAUCAUCCUUUUUCCAAUAGACCAGGGGUGAUGGUGAGGAUUCCCAUUGGUUUCUAUGUUGAAAGAAUAAGUGGGACGGCUUUAAGUCAACAUGUUACCGCUCGCUGUAAGCAGGCAAAGCAACUGCAUUGUCCCCAGUUUGACAACCGGUUAGGCUAAGUCAUAGGGAAAAACUUUUGUAGAGUUAUGUCAGUUGGCACUCUUGCAAAAUGUGAUACAAGUUUUUGACAGAGACUUUGUGGAAGCCUCCAUUUGUCUUUCAGGAUUCAAGGGUUUGUAAGAAGAACAUCACUGUCCAUUUGUUUGUACUGCUAAAGAUUUGCAGUUAGUAAGACUGGCUGUAUGUUGCUGAUAACAGAUGCAGUGGUGUUCUUUGCACAGCAGUGAACUACUUCAGAGGCUGUACAGUGAAGAGAAUAAAAACUGACAGCCACUAAGCCAACAAAUGCCACGGCUUUAAUACCUCAGUCACUUUAUUAGGUUUGUCUUGAGAUUGGGUCCAGAUGGACAUCUCACAGGACCUAUAUUAAACAUUACCACACCUUUUAUCCUGGUAGUUGCAUUCUCUGUUUAUGGUCUGAUCCACUAAGUGAAAUGCCUAUAUGCCACUCUGUUUUGCUGACUAUUUGUGUCUUGUCAUUUGAAAGGUAGUAGUGGUUACAGCAGCAGCAGCAGAAGCCGCACUGGCAGGGAUAAGUACGGGCCACCCGUCCGUACGGAGUACCGACUGAUUGUUGAGAAUCUGUCCAGCCGCUGCAGCUGGCAGGAUCUGAAGGUGAGUUGAGGGGACAACUAUGUUUAAGCAGUAAGGCCCGUGGCAGUAUUGCCAAUAUGCCACACCUAAGGGCUGUUCUUAGGCACGACGCAAAGCAUAUUGCCUGGAUACAGUCCUUUAGCAGUGGUAUAUUGUCCAUAACCCACAGACCUGCAAGGGGCCUUAAUGCUAUUAUAAACCGGUUACCAACAUAAAUAUAACUGUAAACAAGUAGUUUUGCGUCAAACAUGGUAUAUUGUCUGAUAUACACAGAGCUGAAAUGUUGUUUGAGACAAUCAGCAUUCAGGACCCAAACUACCUGGUUUAUAAUUAUAGGUGAGGGACAGGGACAGGUACUGAAGAUGAACUGCCAGUUGCUAUCCAUGGUAGGCCAUUUGGUUCAGAAAAAUGAGGGUAAUAUUCAGCAGUGACUUUGCCUUGUCCCCUACAGGAUUUCAUGCGCCAGGCUGGAGAGGUCACGUAUGCCGACGCCCAUAAGGAGCGUACCAAUGAGGGUGUCAUCGAGUUCGGCUCGCGUUCGGACAUGAGAAGGGCCCUAGACAAGCUGGACGGCACAGACAUCAACGGGAGGAAGAUCCGCCUGGUGGAGGAAAAGUCCCGCCGCCGACGCUCCUACUCCGGCAGUCGGUCCAGGUGAGGUUCUACACACCGCCCUGCUCUUUAUGAGUAGUUGAAUCCAGUGUGUCCUCACACAUAGCCACCCCUUUAAUGAGACAAUUGUAUUCUUGUUACCCCCCUGCAGGUCUCGCAGCAGACGUCGCUCUCGUAGCAGGAGCCGCAGGAGCAGUCGCUCCAGGAGUAACUCCAGAUCCCGCUCCCGGUAAAAUGGCCCUCCUGUCUUAGAGAAUUAUGGUUUAGAUUAGUCAAUAUGGGUACAACAAAGAUUGUAAACAAUUCUGUCAACCCCAUGCAGAUCCCAUUCUCGCAACAAGAGACGCCACUCCAAGUCUGCAAGGAAGUCUCGUUCCCACUCUCGCACCCGCAAAUCCAGAUCCCGUUCCAACAAAAGCAAGUCCCGUUCCAAGAGCUGCUCAAAGGUGAAAUCCGAGCGGGAUUCCCGCAGCCACUCCAAGGAGAAGUCUGCCAGCAAGAAGUCCCGUAGCCGCUCAGCGUCUCCCAUGGAAAAUGGGAAGGAGGAGCGUUCCUCUCGCUCCCCUUCCCCAGCAGCUGACCGUCCCUCCAAGUCUCCGGACAAGCGUUCGGUCUCCCACUCCAAAUCCCGCUCCAGGUCAAGAUCAGCAUCCCGAGAUUAAAGGCUUCAUCCACAUGUUCCCCAUUUGCGCAACUGGUGAUAUAGGACCAGCUCCUAUUUAAUUUGACAGAUCAAUCGCAGCACCAGGUGCAUCAAGGCUUGCUCAGUCUUAAUCAGUGCUAUCCUUGACACUUAAAAAUCAAAACUACUAGCUUGAUUUUGUAUUAUACAUGGCAUGAGAACGAUUUAGUCAUGUUUAUUGUGGGGGAGUGCACGUCGUAGAUUACAGCUAUUGAUCCGUUUUGUGUUCAUUGUACAUAGAGGAGCUUGUCUGGAGGGCUUUGUGUUUAAAACAGGCCUUUUCAUUAAUAUCCUUUUAGUUCUUGUUAGUCUUCCUCCCUAUCUGCUUUUGCUUACCUCAGAGUGGUGUUUUGAGUUGAUUUUUCAUUUUUAUGAUAUG